AUGGAGAACAUCCCUUAUGCUGCAGCGGUUGGGUGUCUUGGAUAUAUUCAAACCAUUUGGAGAGUUGUAAAGAAGGUUCUAAGGCAUCUAAAAGGAACCAAAGAUUACAAGCUUGGGUUUAGGCAGACGGACAAUUUAGAUGUUGUCGGUUAUUCUGAUGCGGACUUCGCUGGCUAUGUUGAUUCUCGAAGAUCAACUUCUGGGUGCAUCUUUAUUAUGGUUGGUGGGGCUAUCUCAUGGAGAAGUGUUAAACAAUCCUUAAUACCUAUUUCUACAAUGGAAGCCGAGUUCAUUUCAUGUCUCGAGGCUACUUCACAAGGUGUUUGGCUAAAGAAUUUUAUCUCUGGGCAUAGAGUUAUGGACUUUAUAUCAAAGCCAUUGAAAGUCUAUUGUGACAACUCAGCUGUAGUCUUCCUAUCUAAGAAUGGCAAAAGUGGGAGUCGAAGUAAACACAUCGACAUCAAGUUCUUAGCCAUUAGGGAGCGUGUCAAGAAUAAAGUUGUAGUCAUUGAACACAUUAAUACUGAGCUGAUGUUAGCAGAUCCCUUGACUAAAGGCAUUCCUCCAUUUACAUUCAAGGAUCUAGUUUAG